AUGGCCAUAGAGCAGGCGCUGGAAGUGUGCGCCGUCAUGAAAAUCAAUAAUUCAUAAAAUGAAUAAUUCGACGAAACCAGAGAGAAUUUUAUUGUUUAGCGGCAAAAGGAAAUCUGGAAAGGAUUACAUUACUGAUAUCUUGUACAACAGAAUAGGUGCACAAAGGAGUACAAUUAUACGCUUAUCAGGACCUAUAAAAACACACUGGUCAAAAUCUUUGGGUCUCGACGUCAAUCAAUUGCUGGGAAGUGGAGAAUACAAGGAGAAGUAUCGAUUGGAAAUGGCCAAAUGGAGUGAGGAUAUAAGAAGGAAGGACUAUGGAUACUUCUGUCGCGCUGCUAUUGACAUGUAUAAUGCAUGGGACAAGCCAGUGUGGAUAAUAAGCGACAUCAGAAGAAAAACUGACAUUAAAUGGUUUACAGAAAACUUCGAGGAUGCAUGUAAGACUGUACGUAUAGUUUGUUCCCAAGAAGUUAGGCAGAAACGUGGCUGGGUUUAUACACCAGGCAUAGACGAUUCAGAGACAGAGUGCGACUUGGAUAACAUAAGUAAUUGGGACAUUGUGCUAGAGAAUAACGAUGGUAACGAUAUAGAAGUUAUACUGCAGCAGUUGUUAGGUCUCAUUAGUUAGCAAAAAAUUUUUUUUCUAUCCUGUCAAAUGUGCGAUAAACAACGUUUCGCAAUUUUUAAGCAAGAAUAUUCUAAUAAUAUGUAUAUGGAAAGUUUCACUUGAUAGCAAAUUUUGUUUUAAUUAUUUCUUAUUUGCACGGUUCGUUCUAUGCACGUACACGUUUUUUUAGAAGUUAGAGAUAUUUUAAAAUUAUAAAAAUUAAGACAAUUAUAAAAAUUAUGGAAUUAUAAAAAUAAAAAUUAUAAAAAAGAAAUGAAGAUCUAAUUCAAUAAAAUAUACAAAAAUG